AUGGGCAGCCUGCUCCCCAAGCUGGGUCAGCUGCUCAUGGAUGAGUACAACCUGCACAAGCGCGUCAAGAAAGAUGUCGAGUUCCUCAGGAAGGAGCUUGAGAGCAUGCACGCUGCCCUCAUCAAGGUUGGCGAGGUGCCGCCGGACCAGCUCGACGGGCAAGUCAAGCUCUGGGCCGACGAGGUCAGAGACCUCUCCUACAACAUGGAGGAUGUCGUUGACAAGUUCCUCGUACGCGUGGAUGGCGACGGCAUUCAGCUGCCUCACGACAACUCCAGCAGAUUCAAGGAGCUCAAGAACAAGAUGAUCGGCUUGUUCAAGAAAGCCAAGAAUCACCAUCGCAUAGCUGACGCGGUCAAGGAAAUCAAGGAGCAACUCCAGGAGGUGGCUGCUAGGCGUGACAGGAACAAGGUAGUUGUUCCUAAUCCUACGGAACCAAUUACUAUCGAUCCUUGUCUUCGAGCUUUGUACGCAGAAGCGACGGAGCUAGUUGGCAUAUAUGGGAAGAAGGACCAGGAGCUCAUGAGGUUGCUCUCCAUGGAGGGUGAUGAUGCCUCUAAGAACAGACUAAAGAAGGUCUCCGUUGUUGGAUUUGGCGGAUUAGGCAAGACCACUCUUGCUAGAGCAGUAUACGACAAGAUUAAAGGUGAUUUUGAUUGUCGGGCAUUUGUUCCGGUUGGGCAGAAUCCUGAUAUGAAGAAGGUUUUAAGGGAUAUCCUCCUUGAUCUUGGCAACCCUCAAUCAGAUCUUGCUAUGCUGGGUGCCAAUCAGCUCAUCAAAAAGCUUCAUGAAUUCCUAGAGAACAGAAGGUAUCUUGUGAUAAUUGAUGAUAUAUGGGAUGAAAAACUGUGGGAAGGCAUUAGCUUUGCUUUCUCCAACAGGAAUAAUCUAGGCAGUCGGCUAAUAACCACAACCCGCGAUUUCGAUGUCUCCAAAUCAUGUUGCUUAUCGGCUGAUGAUUCAAUAUAUAAAAUGAAAUCUCUUUCUACUGAUGACUCCAGAAGGCUCUUUCAUAAGAGAAUAUUUCCCGCUGAUAGUGGAUGUCCAAAUGAAUUUGAACAAGUGUCUAAUGAUAUUUUAAAGAAAUGUGGUGGCGUACCACUAGCCAUCAUUACAAUAGCUAGUGCUUUGGCUAGUGGCCAGGUGGUGAAACCAAAGAGUGAAUGGGAUAUUCUGCUCCAAUCCCUUGGCUCUGGACUAACAGAAGAUAAAAGUUUAGAGGAGAUGCGGAGAAUACUAUCUUUCAGCUAUUAUGAUCUACCUUAUCAUCUGAGAACUUGUCUAUUGUACCUAUGUAUAUACCCUGAAGAUAGCGUGAUUGAUAGAGAUAGACUGAUAUGGAAGUGGGUGGCCGAAGGAUUUGUCCACCAAGGAAAUCAAGGGACUAGCCUAUUUUUGCUCGGAUUAAAUUACUUCAACCAGCUCAUUAAUAGAAGUAUGAUCCAGCCAAUACAUGAUGAUAUAGGCCAGGUAUGUUCUUGCCGUGUACACGAUAUGGUUCUGGACCUUAUCUGCAACUUAUCACAUGAAGCAAAGUUUGUUAAUCUAUUGGAUGGCACUGGGAAUAUCAUGUCUUCACAAAGUAAUGUUCGUCGUUUGUCCCUUCAUAAUAAAAAUGAAGAUCAUCAAGCCAAGCCUCUCAGAAAUUUCACGGUUAUAUCACGAGUGAGGUCAAUUACUAUCUUUCCACCUGCUAUAAAUAUCAUGCCAGCCCUGUCAAGAUUUGAAGUUUUACGUGUACUUGAUCUGUCAGACUGUAAGCUUUGGGAAAGUGGCAGCCUACAGCUUAUCCUCAAGGAUGUUGCACAUCUGAUUCAUCUAAGGUACCUAGGUCUAGCACAUACAGGAAUCAGAGAACUCCCGGCUGAGAUAGGGAACCUGCAGUUUUUGGAGGUGUUGGAUCUUGGAUUCAAUUUUUGCGUGCGGGCAUUGCCGUCAACUUUUUGUAAUUUGAGAAGAUUAAUCUACCUAAAUUUUUAUUUGUGUAAGGUGGUUACGGCUGGUGUAUUGCAGAAUCUGACAUCCAUAGAAGUUUUGAGGGGAAUAUUGGUCUCUCUGGACAUCGUUGCACAAGAGCUUGGCAAAAUAGCAAUGCUGAGGCAGCUUGAGAUAUGCCUCAAGGAUGAUAGUUUGGCUUUGUAUGAAUGUUUUGUUGAAUCUCUGCGCAACCUGCAUCACAUCGAGAGUCUUAUUAUAAGUUCCUACUCCAAAGAAACAUCUUUUGAACUGAUGGAUCUCUUGGGAGAACAAUGGGUGCCUCCUGGACAUCUGCGCAAAUUUGGGUCACAUGUGCCCACCCAACUCUCUGCACUGCGAGGGUGGAUAGACAGAGACCCCUCGCAUCUCUCGAACCUCUCCGCGUUAAUCCUCGAUUCAGUGAAGGAAGUGCAACAGGAGGACAUGAAAAUCAUUGGGGGGCUGCUGUCCCUUCGGCGUCUUGUCAUAAAGAGCACCCACCAAACAGAACGGCUGAUAGUCGUCAGUGCAUAUGGGUUCCGCUGUAUGGUUGACUUUUGCUUCGACUGUGGAUCAGCAGCGCAGAUAAUGUUUGAACCAGGGGCUUUGCCAAGUGUGGAAGCAAUUGAGUUCAGCCUCAGCGUGGGGGUGGCGAAAGAGGAUGGUAAUGUCGAUUUCGACUUCGGUCUUCAAGGGAACAUGCUCUCCCUUCGGCGGUCUGUCUCUGUUGGUUUUUAUUUUGGUGGAGCGAGGGUUGUCGAGGCGAAGGAAGCGGAGGCUGCGGUGAGGCACGCGCUCCACGCCCACCCCAACCAACCGGAGAUUAAAAUUUCUGUUAAUCCACCCUUUGCAGAGGGUAUUGAGGAAUGGAUGUCCAGACCGAAUGAAGCGAAAUCAUCUUACGCUUGUUCAGGUUUGGACUUUGGGAGAAAUGCUCCUUCCUCGCUCAUAUACAGUGCUAGGCGCUGA